AUGUCACUUGUUUGCGAUUGCACAUACCUCAUGGUACAUGGCUGUCCCCAUGCAGCCUAUUCCCUUUUGGAAGCUCCUCUGAAGGAAGACACUCGAGUUCGAAAAGACAAUGUUCCUUUGCCCUUGACCACCAUGUUGCCAAUCUCGUCAAAGAGUCUAGCGCUCGAAGGGAGAGGCACGCUCGACGCCUAUGGCUCGCAAGCAGCUACAAAAACUGUCAUUGGAGGUCAGCCGGCACAGUGGGUUGAUGGAGGAGAUCCCUAA